GGGUGGGAAGGUCCGUGUCCUAGAAGUGACGUAUGCUGUGUGCGCCGUGACGCUCCGGCGUGGACUCUGCCCCGCGGGAAUAAGGUCGAUUGAAUUGGUGUCCAGCAUGAGUGACUGGGUUCCAGGCAGUGCCGUUGGGACGCUGCACAAGUCGUCCAGCUGAAGGAGAAGUCCCGUUGAACUGACUCUUCUCACGGUGACGUGUCCUCCCCAACCCUGCUUCCACCUCCAGAACCUUGAGGUGGUAUAUACAAGUGGAAUCAUAAUAUUGGUCCUUUUGCAUCGGACUUAUUUCACUCAGCGUAAUGCUCUCAAGGUUCAUCCAUGUCGUACCAGAACCUUUUAAAGAUGAAUGAACAAACAUUGGAAACAACACAGCAGCGGAAACUUCCUGAAUGGAUGUCUACGCAGAAGACAUAUUCUGUAGAAGAAAGAAAGGCAUCUAUUCAGAAGAGCGUUUUGGAAGAUGAUCUCCCCUUCUUAGAAUUCAGUGGAUCCAUUGUGUACAGUUAUGAAGCUAAUGAUUGUUCUUUCCUAUCAGAAGAUAUUAGCAUGAGUGUGUCUGAUGGAGAUGUGGUAGGAUUUGACAUGGAAUGGCCACCAAUAUACAGUAAAGGGAAACUGAGCAGAGUUGCACUAAUUCAGCUGUGUGUGUCAGAGAGCAAAUGUUACUUGUUUCAUAUUUCUUCUAUGUCAGUUUUCCCUCAGGGAUUAAAAAUGUUGCUUGAAAAUGAAGCAAUUAAAAAGGCAGGUGUAGGAAUUGAAGGAGAUCAGUGGAAACUUCUACGUGAUUUUGACAUCAAAUUGAAGAGUUUUGUGGAGCUGACAGAUGUUGCCAAUGAAAAGUUGAAAUGUACAGAGACCUGGAGCCUCAGUGGUUUGGUUAAACACCUCUUUGGUAAACAGCUUCUGAAAGACAAGUCUAUCCGCUGCAGCAACUGGAGUAAGUUUCCCCUCACUGAGGACCAGAAACUGUAUGCAGCCACUGAUGCUUAUGCUGGUUUCAUCAUUUAUCAAAAAUUAGAAAAUUCGGGAGACUCUGUACAGAUAUUUGCUAUACAUGAAGAGGAAGAAGUACUACCUAGUGACGUGAAGAAACAAUUGACUUCAGUCUCCGAGGAGAUGAUAGAUCUGGCUAAGCAUCUUCCUGAUACUUUCGAAAAACUGGAAAAUCCACAGAGGGUUUCUGUACUAUUGAAGGAUAUUUCAGAAAAUCUGUAUUCAUUGAGGAAGAUGAUACUUGGUUCUACUGAGAAUGAACUGAGGCCCAGCAGUAAUUUUCACUUAUUACCGUUGGAAGAGCCCACUGCUGGUGAAGUACAACAGAAACAAAUUAGAGAACAUAAAAUUUUUACUAAAGUUACAGAUGAAGCAUGGGACACAACACCUGAUAAUUUAAUUAAACAUGAUGGAGAAAAUGUACUUGCAAACGAAGUAAAACAAGAAGAAGAUGGAUUUGAAGAUGAACUAGAAGAUAAUAAGUUGGAAGAGACUCCAGAAAGAGUUUGUUUCAUGUCAUUAGAUAUUACAGAAGAUGAACUCCAACGUUUGGAACAACAGGCUCAGGAAAAACAUCUUGGUGAUGUUACUUGCAAAUCUCCUGAGGAUAACGAAGAGGAUAUAUCUUAUGUAAUUGAGAGUGAUGAAGAUUUAGAAAUGGAGAUGCUUAAGUCUUUAGAAAACCUAAAUAGUAGCACAGUAGAUCCAAAUCAUUCAAAAUGCAUAGAAAUGGAAAGAAAUCUGGGUCUUCCUUCUGAAGAAGAUGAUGAAGAUGAGAAUGAAGCCAUUGAAGAGGAAGAAGUUGUUGAUGAAGACUGUUGGUUACCAGGACCUACUGCAAAGCAAAUUAAUUGCCUCAAGACCUACUUUGGCCAUUCUAGUUUUAAGCCGGUUCAGUGGAAAGUGAUUCAUUCUGUAUUGGAAGAAAGAAGAGAUAAUGUUGUUGUCAUGGCAACUGGGUAUGGAAAGAGUUUGUGCUUCCAGUAUCCACCUGUUUAUGUGGGCGGGAUUGGCCUUGUCAUCUCUCCCCUUAUUUCUUUGAUGGAAGACCAGGUGCUCCAGCUUGAAAUGUCCAACAUUCCAGCUUGCUUUCUUGGAUCAGCACAGUCAAAAAAUGUUCUAGAGGAUAUUAAAUUAGGCAAAUACCGGAUUGUGUACAUAACUCCAGAAUUCUGUUCAAGUAACUUGGACCUACUCCAGCAACUGCAGGCUAAUAUUGGUAUCACACUUAUUGCUGUGGAUGAGGCUCACUGUAUUUCUGAGUGGGGACAUGAUUUUAGAAGUUCAUUCAGAACUUUGGGCUCCAUAAAGGCAGUACUCCCAUCGGUUCCAAUUGUUGCAUUGACUGCUACUGCAAGUUCUUCAAUCCGAGAAGACAUUGUACGUUGCUUAAAACUGACGGAUCCUCACAUUACCUGUACUGGUUUUGAUCGACCAAACUUGUAUUUAGAAGUUGGACGAAAAACAGGAAACAUCCUUCAGGAUCUGAAGCAAUUUCUUGUCCAGAAGACAAGUUCUGCUUGGGAAUUUGAAGGUCCAGCUAUCAUCUACUGUCCUUCUAGAAGAAUGACAGAACGAGUUACAGCUGAACUUAAGAAACUGAAGUUAGCCUGUGGAACAUACCAUGCAGGACUGAGUAUUAACUUAAGGAGACAAGUUCAUCAUAGGUUCAUGAGAGAUGAAAUUCAGUGUGUAAUAGCUACCAUAGCUUUUGGAAUGGGCAUUAAUAAAGCUGACAUUCGCCAAGUCAUUCAUUACGGUGCUCCUAAGGAAAUGGAAUCAUAUUACCAGGAGAUUGGUAGAGCUGGCCGUGAUGGACUUCAAAGUUCUUGUCAUGUACUUUGGGCUCCAGGAGACAUUAACACAAAUAGGCGCCUCCUUAGUGAAAUAUGCAAUGAAAAGUUUCGAUUAUACAAAUUAAAGAUGAUGGCAAAGAUGGAAAAAUAUCUUUAUUCCAGAAGGUGUAGGCGACAACUCAUCUUGUCUCAUUUUGAAGACAAACAGCUACGAAAGGCCUCCGUGGGAAUUAUGGGAACUGAAAAUUGCUGUGAUAAUUGCAGGUCCAGAUUGGAUCGCUGCUUUUCCAUUGAUGACUCAGAUGAUAUGUUACAGGACUUUGGUCCACAAGCAUUCCAGCUCUUAUCUGCCGUGACCAUCUUAGGCGAAAAGUUUGGAAUUGGGGUUCCAAUUUUAUUUCUCCGAGGAUCUAAUUCCCAGCGUCUUGAAGAUAAAUAUCGCAGUCACAAUUUCUUUGGCACUGGCAAGGAUCACACAGAGAAUUGGUGGAAGGUUUUUUCCCAUCAGCUCAUAACUGAGGGAUUCUUGGUAGAAGUUCCUGGGCAAAGCAAAUUUGUAAAGAUUUGCACCCUUACAGAAAAGGGUAGAAAUUGGCUUGCUAAAGCCAAAACAGAAUCUCCUCAGAGCCUUAUCCUUCAAGCUAAUGAAGAAUUGUGUCCAAAGGAGUUUUUUCUACCAAGUUCUAAAGCUGUAUCUUCCGGCACUGAGCAACAUUCCUCUAAUCAAGUACCAAUUGAAUUAACUUCAGAGCAGCCCAGCUUGUAUAAGAUGUAUUCUUACAAAGCACGUGAUAAAAUUUCUUCUCGGAGUAACAUUCCUGAGAAAAGCAUUAUGGUGCCAUCACCAGGAAAAUAUUACAAGUCCUCAGAACCUGUUAUUUCAGCCAAAGAGCAGGAGACUCAGACUACAUUAUAUGGCAAAUUGGUGGAAGCUAGGCAGAAACAUGCCAAUAAAAUGAAUGUUCCUCCAGCUAUUCUGGCAACAAAUAAGAUACUGGUGGAUAUGGCCCAAAUGAGACCUACUACAGUUGAAAAUGUGAAAAGGAUCGAUGGUGUUUCUGAAGGCAAAGCUACAAUGUUGGCCCCUCUGUUGGAAGUCAUCAAACAUUUCUGUCAAAUAAAUAGUCUUCAGACAGACCUCUUUUCAAGUACAAAACCACAAGAAGAACAGAAGAAAAGUCUGGUGGUGAAAAAUAAAGCAAGCUCACUUUCACAGUCUGCAGCCAUCACAUAUUCUUUAUUCCAAGAAAAGAAAAUGUGUUUGAAGAGUAUAGCUGAGAACAGGAUUCUGCCUCUCGCAGCAGUUGGCAUGCACUUGUCCCAAGCGGUGCAAGCUGGCUACCCACUCGAUAUGGAGCGAGCAGGUCUGACUCCAGAGAUUCAGAAGAUUAUUGCUGAUGUUAUCCGAAACCCUCCCAUCAACUCAGAUACAAAUAAAAUUAAACUAAUUAGAAUGUAUGUUCCUGAAAACAUUGACACCUACCUUAUCUACAUGGCAACUGAGAUCCUGGAAAAAGGCUGCGAAAACAGGAUGCUAUGCCAGUCUUCAUGUGAUUCCAGCAAAAAGAGAUGUUUCCCCAACUCUGAAGAGAGCUGCUCAAAUUCUAAGAGAAGGAAGGAAGAAGUGGGCACUAAUACCAAGGUUGAAGGAAAACAUUCUUGUGAUUUUUCACAGGAAGAUGAGAGUCACAGAAAUUCACUAAAACUAACUUCCUGGAAUCAGCCAUUCAGCGAUCCCAAAAUUGAAGAUUUCUUUGUAGAUUCUCAUUUACAGACUUCAUCUGAAACCUCAAAGAGAAAAUUACCUGGGUGGUUUGCCAAAAGAAAUGAGACCUUACCUGAUGCCAGCAAGAAAUCAAUGGCCAAAACUAAAAAGAAGGGUCUUUUUAGUUGAACUGGCAACUGCCAGAGGAAUUAUGUGUGUCUUGCUGUGUUACAAGAGGGAAGCUGUAUUUCAUUUCUGAAAACAGUGGGGAGUAAUAUUUUUGUUUAAAAAUUAUUCUAAUCUCAAAGUAAAACUCACCUAUUUAUUGAACAGCUGGUGUCUUAAAACAGCCUUUUGCAAUUCACAUAAAGUUGAGUCUUCUGAGAGCCUGAGUGAGUACCUCGAACAGAAUCUUAGUUUCCUAUGAGAUUGCUUUAAGAAAUCAUGUUACUGCCCUGUUUUCUAAUCUCUUUACUUACUUCAGCAGUAUGUUUGGAAUAUGUAAUGUGUGGUGAUUUCAUAUAGAUAACAGAUUAUCAGUUGUAAGUGAUUAUGUGUGUGAUAUGUAAUAUUCCUGUAUUACCAAAAUUCUGUCUUAUAAAUGAAGGACGUAUAGUUAUUUUACAAAUUGUUUUUUCUAUUGUUAGAAGAAACUCUUAUACACAUUUUAAAAUGAUAUUAGUGGACCAGACCAGUGAAAAUGAAACAUUUCGGGUUCUGUGUAGAGGAAAGAAUAUAACAAAGGAGACCAAUUACACUAGACAACUAUGCACUUUGUAUGUUAUAUACGAUUUCUAUUAUUUUUCAAAUAAUAAUAAAAAGUCCUUAGUACUGAA